AUGAAUAAAGCUGCAGUGGCACAGAACCUGAGAAUAAUCUCCUCUGAGUUCUUCAUUGAUUCAUCUCACUUCAUGGUGGCAGCGGUGGUGAAAAAGGCCAGAGAACACCCAUCACUCUCAACUAAGCAGACAGAAGAACAACUGAUCCCCAACCAGUUAUGGGAGUUGUUCGAGAAGCAGCUACACAUCAAAGUGAACUUCCGCAUACAUCGCCUGGAGCUUAUGCGGUAUCGCCAGAAACCAGAUGAAUCCCUGGACAACUUCGUCAACAGAUGCCGAGCAAAGGCACACGAAUGUAACUUCGGACCAGAGGAAAUGACGGAACGCAUCAUCAAAUUAGUGAUUGCGUCUACCACAUCUGAAUCUUUCCAGAAAGAUCUUCUAGACAAACCCAUUGGUUUUAGCAUCGAUGACAUGCUACAAGAGGGACGGAAGUACGAAGCCAUCCUUGCUGGCAAAAAGUGCCUUGAGACGUUGGAGGCGUCACAUACAGCUGUCCAUGCUUUCCGACCCACUGGCAGAACCUGUGGCAACUGUGGUCUAUCCCACCCACCAAGACGGUGUCCUGCCUACCGGGACACAUGUAAAUCAUGUGGUUCCAAGGGCCAUUGGGCCAAAUUCUGCAGAAAGACCCGAAGCCAGGGUAAACGCAAGGGCAAAUCUCCGUCCAGACGUGGCCGCAGCCCAUCGCGAGGAAAUACAACUCGCAGACCAAGAUCCAAAAGUCGAUCCAAUGCCGGCAAGCAGAAGCCAAGUGACACCAACAGAGAUGAACAACCCAUCCAUUCAGCAGAAGCUUCAGAGGAAUAUGAAACAGUAUUCCACACAGUUACUGUCUCGAACCUCUGCAUGAGCUCGAUAGACAACAACAGGGAGGCAUACACAACGCUUGACGUUAUCUGCCCCGACCUCAUCGGCACACACCGACUAAUCACAAAAGUAGACACUGGAGCCGGAGGAAACACGUUGCCACUCCGUACGAUCAAACAGAUGUAUGGAUGUCGAUGGAAGUCUUUCGUCCAGCCUGUGAAGACCAAGCUGACGGCGUACAACGGUACAGAGAUUGUAUGCCUAGGGUGCAUUGAGCUUUUAUGCCGCUACAAGACACCGAAGUGGACAAAGAACAGAUUCUACGUCGUAGAUGUCCCUGGACCAGCCAUAGCCGGCCUGCCCAUGUGCUGCGAGCUUGAAGUGGUCACCAUCCACUCCACUGAAUCCUCACCUCAACCCCCUGCAUCACCCAAACAACCAGGAGUAGGUGAACCCCAAAAUCUGUCACAUGACACCAUCAAGUCGGUCCACGACCUCGUGAGGUUGUACCCCAACCAAUUUGACACAAUUGGAAACUUCAAAGCCAGAGCAACUCUUCAUCUAAAGGAGGAUGCUAAACCGAGCAUUGACGCGCCCAGGAAGUGUAGCAUACACCUGAAGCCGAAGCUCAAAAUAGAGAUUGACAAGAUGGAACAGCAAGGUGUAAUUAGAAAGGUCACCCAUCACACCGACUGGUGUAGUUCGAUAACCACGAACUUGAAACAAGAUGGGACACUUAGGGUCUGUCUGGAUCCUAAGCGGCUGAACCAGAGCCUCAAGAGAUGUCCGCACAAAAUACCCACACUGGAGGAACUCAACCCAGCAUUUUCUCAAGCCAAAUUCUUUUCGAAGCUUGAUGCUAAAGCUGGGUAUUGGGCCGUCAAGCUCGAGGAAGAAUCCCAAGAGCUGACCACCUUUCGAACGCCAUUUGGCCGGUACUGUUUCCAGCGCCUUCCAUUUGGUCUCUCCAUCAGCCAAGACAUCUUCCAGCAGUGCAUGGACGACAUCAUAGAACAGGUUCCAGGAUGCGUCGGCAUUGCUGACGAUGUUGCUGUAUAUGGCCGUACUGAGGAAGAACACGAUGCCAACCUCCUGAAUCUACUUCAAAUAGCCAGCCGUGAAGGCUUAGUUUUCAACAGCAACAAAUGCCACAUCAAGACCAACCAAAUCAACUUCUUUGGGUCACUGUACUCCGACACCGGCAUCCGGCCGGACCCAGGCAGAAUUGAGGACAUCCACAGCAUUCCAACACCUCAGGACAAGGAAGACCUGCAAAAAUUCCUAGGCCUGAUCACAUACGUCUCUGCAUAUAUCCCUAACCUGGCAGACAAAGCAGCGACCCUCAGGGAUCUCCUGAAGAAGAAUGUGCCAUAUCUGUGGCAGGAUGACCAUCAAGCAGCAUUCGAAGCCUUGAAAUAUUCCAUCACCACUGAAGCGUGUCUCCAGUACUACAACCCAGAGAUACACACUGUGCUGGAAGUCGACGCAUCACAGAAGGGUCUGGGAGCCUGCCUCCUUCAAAACAACAGGCCGAUAGCAUUUGCGUCGAAGAGUCUUUCCCCGGCACAAGCCAACUACUCUAACAUAGAGAGAGAAACACUAACCCUAGUGUUCGGCAUCACCAGGUUCCAUAGCUAUCUCUUCGGGAAAGAGUUUACACUCCACACUGAUCACAAGCCACUUGAGAUGAUCUGGAAGAAACCCCUCUCGAGUGCACCACCUCGUCUGCAAGCUUGCUAA